UGUUUCUCUCCGUUCCAGUCUUGCUUGUCCUGUGUUGAUUUCAAAUAAACUCCUGCUACUGGAUUCAUAUGAACUACCUCUCCCUUGUAUCAUUACACUGAGCCUUCUCACUAUCACAGAGGGACAUAAAACCUGUCUGACAGUUUACAUGGCACAAACCUGUAAUCAAUAAUAAUAUCUGAUGAUAGAUUUUCAUUUCAGCCCACUUGAAGCCAGUUCUUCAAAAUGCUCCAUUUUUUCAUCCUAAUGUUUAACAUUCCUCAGUGCACCUCAAAAAAUUCAGACAUCACAGUUCAAAAUCAUCUAAGGAUUAUUCAUCCAGGAGACAGUGUUACCUUCACAUGUAUUUUAUCAGGCGAAAUAAGAUCCAGCGUGGCUUGGCUCAGACAAAGAGUCGGAGAGAAACCCCUUCUGAUCGCUUCAAUAUUUCAAGCUUUAGAUGUCAAAUUUGAAAAUGAGUUUGACAAAUGUAAACGUUUUUUUGCAACAAAAGAUGAUAGAAGUUUUAAUCUGAGCCUCACAAAUGCAGAAGAAUCAGACACUGCAACAUACUAUUGUGUUACAUAUGCAUAUAAGUUCAUAUUUGGGAAAGGAACUGAUCUCAUUGUUAAAGGUGGAGAGCUGAGCAUCGACUCUGAUCAUCAGAGACCUGCGUCAGAUCCAGAGCAUCUAGAAGAGUCUGCAGUGGCCCUGCAGUGUGCCGUCGUCACUCAGAGCUGUGCAGGAGAACACAACGUCUACUGGUUCAGACACGAAUCUGGAGAAUCUCCUCCAGGAAUCAUUUACACUCAGGAGCGCAGGAACGGUCAAUGUGAGAGGAGCUCUGAUGGGAACUCUACCACACACAAAUGUAUCUACAACCUGCCCAAGAACAGCCUCAGUCACUCUGAUGCUGGGAUUUACUACUGCGCUGUGGCCGCAUGUGGAGAAAUACUGUUUGGAAAAGGAAGAGAAGUUAAUUUGCCAGACAAAUGCUUUCAGACACAUUGGACUACAGCCGCUUUGAUUAUAAUAAUUUUAUCUGUGAUCGUGAUUAUAAUUAUGGCCGCACAGUUGUACAAGCACCGGAAAAAAGAUGAGAUGUACAACACUCAGCACGGUCAAUUGAUGGCUGAUGACGCAGACGCUUUGAAUUAUGCAGCUUUGAGCUUUCAACAAAAGCCCUCCACCUCUAGAAGACCCAGAGAAAGAAACUCACAAGAUAACUCAAUAUAUACACAUGUAAGAUAACAAUGAGUAUGAUUUACUUACACAGUAUUCAGAGAUUUCUAUUCAGAAGCUGUAAAAGUUGUCAUUUUCCAGUGUCAGAUACCAAGACAUUUUAGGUUCAUACAUUUAGGUUCAGUUUAUGAAUUAUGAGUUUGAUUGAAUUUUACUCAAGUAAGUUAGCCUUAAUCAUUGUCCUGUACACUUAUGAAUUUAUCAUUUGAUCAUGAAUGUGUAUCAAAUAAUGUACUUGAUAAAUUACUAAAGAAAUGAGUGAGUGAGGCCUGUUGACUUUCAGUUGUGUUAAAUUGUGUUAAAUCCCUGUCCGUGGUACUGAAAUAACAUUCUUGAGUAAUAUUCCUUUUGUAAAGUAGGUAGCAUGAUUUCAUUAAUUACUAUCCAGAAAUGUAUGACAUGAUUGUUCACAAAGAUAUGUCAAAGCCCAAUUAUAAGCUUUUCAUGUAUCUUCUAGAGCAUGUACAUUUUCCUUGUGCAGUAUAAUUAAUUCAGUAACGGAUUGUACUAAUAGGUCAUCUUGACCUUUGACAUGUCCAUGUAGAUCAUGAGCCAAAAUAAUUUAUUUUUAUUUUACACUCUGUAGAUAACUGAAGUACAGCAAUUGUGUGUUUUAUA